GCUCUGCAGCAGGUUGCCUGUCUGUCAGUGGACGGCUUGCGACGGAGUUUCGGGGUUGCCAUGACGGUAUCGGCCAGCUGGCGGGUAGAGUACUCAGGCCGUAAAAACCCUCCGCCACCACACGGCGGAGUAGUGAGCAGCUUCUCCUUCACUGACAGAGAGAUAGUGGGCAUCUCUCCCAUAACUGAAAGUGGCAUGAUCAUCAACACGGCCAUCUUGACCAGCGAACCCGUGUCACUUCCUGUCAUUGUGCUGGCAGUGGGGCAUGAUGGGAAGGUGUCGGAUAUCACCGCGGCGGUGAAGUGCCAGUCGUCCAACGAUGAUAUCGUCAAGGUGUCAAGCGAUUGCUCCACCCUCUUCGUCGACGGAAGUGAAUCAGGGGUGGGCAGCACCUGUGUAGGGGUGGAGUUUCUCCUGGGCACGCUCAGUGGGUCCCUGUGUCUGUCCGUGUGGGCUCCUGUCGUCCCGCUGCGCGUCUCACUGUCCGACAACGAGCUGAGCGCCAUUGAGGGUUGGAACCACUACACGGAGAAUGGCUGUUCUCCAGUGUACCAGAGGUCCACAGUUCAGGUUCUGACCCAGUUCAGUGCUCAGGGGGGCCAGGGUCAGCUGACCUACCUGCUGGGCUCCUCUGAUUGGUUUGUGGAUGCCACAGAGAUGGUCCGUAAUUGGCUGAGGGUAGUGAAUCCUCACGUGGCGGUCCUCGACAAGCAGAGCAAUCUGAUUGGUCUACACCCGGGGAAAACUUCAGUUCAUGUCAUAUCAAGCCAAUGGGAUGGUGUGCUGGGUAGCUGUGAUGUCAUCGUGACCUCUGAACCCGUGACCCCAGGUGACCUCUCAGUGCAGGUUGUGGGAGGACUCGGUAUGUCAAUCAAUGCAAGCCCUGCCCAUCCUGCUGUUGUCACGGCAACAGUGACAGCAUAUAACAUCCUCUACCACCAUGGGCAGGAAGCGUCCAUCAGUGUCUGGCUCCAGUUCAGUGAUGAUAGCGCCACGUUGCUCUCCACCUUCAGCCGUGGUACCUUCGCCCUUCGCCUCUCCUCAUUGGCAGAGACCGUGGUUGCCGUGAUGCCCGGCCCGUUGCUGCGCGUCAUCGCCCAGGGCGAAGGGGGCGGGCCUUUACUGAAAGCAGAACUCCUGGUCACCACCUGCAAGCCAAUGGCGAACUCCGUUGACRGGGACCUGGCCAAUUCGAAAGAAGGAAGCGGGACCAGGAGGCUGGCUAAAGGAUCAGGUUGGAUCAGGGUGAACCUGGACUCGGAACUUCGUCCAAUGGGAAGCGAGGAGGCGGACUUUGAGCUGCUCGACAUUUCAGACAUGCUGGUUGAGUCAUCGGAUAGGGACGUUAAGUACAGCAACUUCCUGGACAAUGACAUCAUCAUAGGGAACGUCACCACCGUCAAAGGUGACGACUACUAUGACAAGGUAUGGGAUGACAUGGGAUGAUCGCCAGGAACGACCUGGAGAGAGCGGUGUUGACCCCAAAUCACGAAGAGAGCGCUGUGUACUUCUCUCCCGGGGUGGAGAGAGAGAGGGAGAAGAAACYGGAGGAUACAGAGCUGGGGGUGGGUGUCGGGGCAGUUCUCUCCCUUCUCUGCCUCUCCGUACUCCUCUUCCUGGUGAAUUGUCUGCCCUGCGCUUUGAGGGAGAGGAGGAUG